AUGGAUCCCUUUGAAGUCCGAAUGCAAUUUAACGGACUGUUGCGCAAGCUGGACGCCACGCAGCGGUCCAUCCAAAAAGCCGUCGGCUUCGCGCUCAAAUUCUACGCACAAUGCGGAGAAGACCUGUGGGACUGUAUUGUUGACGAAUGCCAGAAGGGUUCCAUCAACAACAGGAUAAAUAUACUGUACUUCCUCGACUCGUUAUGCGAGUCCUCUGUGCUCGCCAAGAACAGCACGCAUCCGCACCAACUUGCGAGCGGUAGCGCACCGCCCUACUACCUCGAAUAUAUCUCGCGAGACCUUCGUAAAGUCGUAGGCUAUGUCGUUCCGGAAGGACGUACCGGUUUGCCGAACUUAUUGAGCACAAGACAGAUGUUGGAUGACUGGAGGAGCAAGCGCGUCAUCGACCCGCAAAUUGUCGACGAGGCGCUUGCAACGCUCGACUCUCGACAAGCUCCCCUCCAAGGCUCAUCCGACGCACCGCCCUCCCCACUCGCCGAAGCGCCACCUCCCCGCCGGUCAUCAUCAUCCAGAUCAGACGCUCUACCUCGGCACGAGAUAUUCAAACGCAUGGAAGAGGAUCGCGAAAGGCAUAAACGUCUACGUGAACGGCGUUGGGUACAGCCGACGAAUCCGGCGCCGGCGCCUGUUGCUGGUCAGCUUGUGUCGUUCUUGCCGCUCACGGAUGGGCAACUUCCCAUCGAUAUUGAGUUCGAUAACGAGUGGGAGACGACGAGUGAUUGGAAUGAGGAUGAUGAUGACGCGGUCGCGGAGGAGAAUGGGCUAUGCUUCCCGUCUGAGGGGGAGGAAGCCAUGGAUCUGUCAUGA